AUGGGUUCGGCAAACAACACAAGUUUUGAGAACAUCACGAACGAAGAGUGCCUAAAGGAGAUGGCUGCUGAGGAGUUGAGUUUAUUGGCACGCCGACAGAAUGAUAUUCCUGAAGCUUUGCAAGAUGUUAAAAGCCCCUCUGAGGGAGCAGCUGUGGAAAACGUAAUGGAGAAACUUAAAGCAGGAAAGAAUGUGAAGGAAAAGCAAAGCAAUGAUUUAGACAGGCUGGGCCUUAAACGAAAGUCAGAAAGUGAAGAAAAGCCAGCUCCGAGAAAAGAAGCGCGCCUGGUGGAGCCAGAAAACCAGCCUGUCACAAUGCUGCUAUCCCACAUUCCUCUAAAAAGCCUCAUGGAAGUGGAAAUGAAGUUGGUCUACGCUGAUGAAGGGGAUGUCAGCUAUGAGUUUUUGGAGUCUCAAGCACCUACCAGCACACAACCAAAAUGUCUCGAAGUGUCAAGUGUCGAUUCUCUGAGGCUGUCUGACAUGAAUAUCCUGCCCCAAAUGGACAAGUGGCUUCAAGUGGCCUUAAAGGAUGCCAGCACUUGCUACCGGCAAAAGAAGUAUGCCAUGGCGGCAGGACAGUUCAGAACAGCACUAGAGCUUUGCAGCAAAGGUGCAGCUGUAGGGAAGCCCUUUGAAGCCUCUCCGAAAGAUAUUUCAAGCAUUGCCAGUUUUAUUGAAACGAAGCUUGUCAUCUGCUACUUGAAGAUGAGAAAACCUGACCUUGCUCUGAAUCAUUCACACAGGAGCAUAAUCCUGAACCCCGCCUAUUUCCGAAACCACCUUCGUCAAGCCACUGUGUUCCGAUGCUUGGAGAGGUAUUCUGAGGCUGCAAGGAGCGCCAUGGUUGCUGACUACAUGUACUGGCUGACAGGAGGGAGUGACCAGCAUACCAGCAAACUCAUCAAACUGUAUUGGCAGGCUAUGAUUGAAGAAGCCAUCACCAGAGCAGAAUCUUUUUCAGUGAUGUACACGCCAUUUGCAACCAAAGUAAAGGCUGAAAAAAUUGACAAGUUGAAAGAAGCUUUUACCAAAAAGCACCCAGAUUAUGUGGAAUACAUUUAUACAGAUCCCCAUGGGCUUCACAGUUUGCCACAAACUGUGGAUUGGCCCCGCCCUUCUCCCCAGUCGUACUUGCUUACACUCGGUUUCAAAAACAAGGAAGUCGGGAAAUUCCUAGAAAAGAUGUCUUGCAGGAAGCUGCCUGCAUUUUCAGAACACAAAGCUCCUUUUAGUCCCCUCACAAAAGAAGAGGCAGGGAGACACCUGGAGACCAUUGGGAAAAGAAUCUUGCCAAUAAUGGAUUUCAUUAGAGGCACCAAAUUAACCGAGACUUUCUGUGCAUGUUCAGGCAUGAUAGAAAAACUGCAACAGGCCAGCCUCCUCGGCCGCUUGCAACGUAUCAAGGAGCAGUCCCAAGUGAUUAAUCAAGCCGUGGCCGAGCUUGCAACCAUUCCCUAUCUCCAGGACAUCAGCCAACAGGACUCUGAGUUGCUGCAGUCGCUAAUGGCAGAUGCUAUGGACACCCUCGAAGGAAGAAAAAGUGAUAAAGAACGUGUCUGGAAUAAAAUUCAAAAGGUUGGAAUUAUAGAAGACUUCUUAUACCAAUUAGAAGAUAGUUUCUUAAAGACCAAAAAACUUAGAACUGCGAGGAGGCAGAAAAUGAAAAUGAAGCGGCUUCAAAGCGAACAGCCCUCCUAG